AUGCUCUGCUCCAACGACGGGCCGUAUGGGGACUCGGCGACACCGCUGACGUUUGACCACACGUACCGGAAGGGCCCCUUUCUCCUGCUGCCAGUGGGAUGCCGCAACGCUCUUCUCCGCGGCGAUCCAGUAAUGCUGGUCGCUUUGGCGAUCGUACUGACGGAAAGGGAGGAGUCAACGUCACGGUUCUUGAGAGACCUCGUUCACGAAGAGGAAAGCCUGGGCCAAGCGAGAUGGGUAUUUUCGGAUGGGGCCGGGCACCUAAAGAAGGCUCUUGCGCGGGCUUUCCCAUUGGCUUGGCACGGCACCGACCUGAACCACAUCCUCAAAAAUUGCCACGAGAAGGUAAAGGAUGAGUGCGGAAGUGCAGGCGAAGAGGUUUGGAGGGGCAUCCGCCGAGACCUUUUGGGAGACGAGCAAACUGGGCGGAAGGGGAUCAUACAAGCGGCGAGCCAAGAGGAGGCGGAGCGGCUUAUUCGGGAGCGGAUAACGGCCUGGCCGGAGGGGUUUGGUGAGUACUUCGAGAGAAAUAAGAAGAAGGUCUUUGUCAACGAGCUUUCGUUGUGGGCAAGGAGGCAGGCGGGGUUGAUCUUUGCGGACGGCACGGUGGACAACGUCUACACGCAAGACAUUGAGAGCUUGCACAAGGCGCUCUCUCGGGCGGCGGGCGGAAGAGAAGUUAGCAUGGUCGAGAUGGUGGAUGCGUGCAAGGAGUACAGUCUCGAUCAGCUGUCUCAGAUGGAUCGGGGGUUUGCGUGCCAAGACGUCAUCUACCGCCCAAAGAGAGCGUACAUGUGGACGGACCUCGCGCAGGAUCCCCAGGAGGUGGGUAGAGACCCGGACGGAAGGAUUCCCGAAGUGCAAGUCAAGCUCGACAAGCACAUCAUCGGUCCCACGGGGCUAGUAGGCGGAGCUCGACCACGCGUGGUAGACCGGGAGCACGAAAGGGACGGACGCUGCCACUGUGCAGUGUGCUCAAAGUUGCCUUGGCCACCUCUGCCGCUCAGCCAAUUCGCGGCAGACGCGCGGCCCAAUGUCGAGCUUGGCUGGGGUGCCGGGGGAGUUCCACGUGGGAGGCAGCCUGAGGGUCCGUCACCAGCAGAAGCGGCCUCUCUGCGGACCUUCAUGUCGCAGGAAGGUAACGCGAUUGCGGCUAAGUUGCUCAAGCUGGGCGUGGUUCGAGCGGUUAGACAUGCCAUAGCGCUGGUCUUUAGCGCCCGCAGAUGCAUCAACAACAGAUGCGAGAGCACUUCCAGUGAGACCGCGUGGCUGGUCCACUCGAAUAGCGCUCCCCUACAUCCGCACUCGGUGAUGGGAAGGCUCGGGGAGCGGCUGCAAUGUCCAUGCCGCGGUGCGCAGAGGGCCGCGAGGAGAAAACGGGGGCCACUCUGCUCGCACGUGUUGGCCAUCUACCUCAAAACGGGGCGUCCGCUCGGCGAGCUCGUUCGCCUGUACAACCCCUCCAAGAGCCAUGCAGAGAACAUGACGCAGUCGUGUCGGCGAGGCGUGUAUGGGGUGCGGCCCGACACAAAAGGAACGAAGAGGGGCGGGGCCAAAAGCGGAAUGCGGCGUUCCCGGUCAAAGCGGCCGCGGUCGCCUGGUCCCAUGGAUUAUUCGGAAGCGGAGGGUGACGACUCUCAGACUGAGAAAGGGCCCGGGGCGGACUAUAACGGUAAUGAGAAGCGGCGACGGACGGAAGGCGAUUCGAGUCCCCAAACAAGGACUGCGGAGCAGGCCCGUGAUGGGCCUGAGAGGGGGGUUCCUAGCGGAGCCCGGGCUUCCGGCGGUUUUGCCACCGGGGGCAUGCCAAAUAAGCCGUCAGAGGGGAAGAACGAAGAGAGCCCCUGGACGUUUGCGAUCUCAGGGGCUCGGGCGGGCUUGGAACCCGCUUGCCAGUCGUGCCAGAUAACAAUCCGUAGGGAUCAACCCCGGAUGAUAAGGCAAACACCACGCGACACAAUCAGGCCAACGCAGUCUGCUAGCACCAAGUCGUGGGCCAAGCAGUUCUGCGUUAUGGAUUCCGCUGGCGCGUUCCAGCGUUGCAUGCUAAAUAAAGGGACGGGUUACAAUGGAGAGCCGUUCAAGAUUCGACUUGGAGCGGAUGGUGAGGACUUGAGUCCUGGGCAAGAGAGAUUACUAGAAGGAUUUAAAGCUUACAUAACGGAAUUGCUUUCCCAACGCAAGAAUAAGCGGGGGCGAAAGUAA